CAACUAAAAAACAACAAUGACUGGUCGUGGUAAGGGAGGAAAAGGUUUGGGAAAAGGUGGUGCCAAGCGUCAUCGUAAGGUACUUCGUGAUAAUAUCCAAGGUAUCACCAAACCAGCUAUUCGUCGUUUGGCCCGUCGUGGAGGUGUAAAACGUAUAUCUGGAUUGAUAUAUGAGGAAACUCGUGGUGUAUUGAAGGUAUUUUUGGAAAACGUAAUUCGUGAUGCUGUUACUUAUACCGAACACGCUAAACGUAAAACUGUAACAGCUAUGGAUGUGGUCUAUGCCUUGAAGCGUCAAGGCCGUACUUUGUACGGUUUUGGUGGUUAAGCGUUUAUUUUUCCUGGAGACGAUCUCA